UUCAGUGUUCAGUGCAAAACAGAGAUCACCACAAUUUGUUCAAGCAAGAGAGAGCUAUGGGCUAUCUUCCCUUCCUCUCUUCAGAAACAUGGAUUCUACUGUUCACAUUUAUCUGCAUAUUUGUUACGUAUGGCUACUGGACUUUCGGAACAUUUGAGAAGUUGGGGAUCCCUGGUCCCAAGCCUUUGAUGUACUUCGGCACAAUUGGCAGGCACAAUCCUGUUUACUACUUAGCUGACAACGAGUGUGCUCAAAAGUAUGGAAGAGUAUGGGGCAUGUACGAGCUCAGGAGGCCCAUGCUGGCUGUGAUGGACCCUGACAUGUUGAAAACCAUCCUGGUGAAGGAGUGCUUCACCUACUUUACCAACCGGAGGAACAUACGUCUGAAUGGGGACCUCUAUGAUGCAGUGUCUACUGUUGAGGAUGAUCACUGGAAACGGAUUCGUAACAUCCUCUCUCCCUUCUUCACCUCUGGCCAUAUAAAGGAGAUGUUUAGCAUCAUGAAACAUCAUUCACACAAACUGACAGCCAGCCUACAGUCCAAGGUGCACGAUGAUGAAGUUAUUACUAUAAAAGACAUCUUUGGACCCUACAGUAUAGAUGUGAUGGCGAGCUGUGCAUUCAGUGUGGAUAUGGAUACGAUCAACAACCCCUCAAGUCCACUCAUCACCCACGCUUCAAAGUUGUUUAAGUUCUCCAAAAGUCUUUUCCUUUUCCAGGGGUGUUUUCCCUUCUUUCUUCCUCUGUUGGAACUGCUGGGUGUCUCUUUCUUCCCUAAGACAUCUACUGGUUUCUUUAAAACAGUGGUGGAGAAGAUCCGAGCAGAACGGAAUAAGAGCUCACAACAGAAUUCGGGAGAUGUCCUUCAACAUAUGAUGAACUCUCAGCAAGCCAAUGAACCCAAUAAAGAAAAGCAGAAUAAGGGUCUUACUGAUCACGAGAUCACUUCUCAAGCGACAAUGUUUGUGUUUGCUGGUUACGAGACGAGUGCCACCACUCUCGUUUUCUUGGCCUACAAUUUGGCAAGAAAUCCUGAAGUCAUGAAACACCUGCAAGAGGAGAUAGAAUCCACGUUUCCUAAUAAGGGUCCAGUCCAAUAUGAAGCUCUGAUGCAGAUGGAGUACCUAGACAGUGUGGUCCAUGAGAGUCUGAGGCUCUACCCUCCAUCUCCACGUCUGGAACGAAUAGCCAAAGAAACUGUCAAGAUCAGUGGAAUCACAAUCCCAAAGGACAUGCUUGUUAUGACCCCCGUCUACGCUCUGCAUCGUGACCCUGAACUAUGGCCAGAUCCAGAGGAGUUCAAACCUGAAAGAUUUAGUAAGCAGAACAGGCAGAGCAUCAACCCAUACACUUACCUGCCAUUUGGGAUCGGGCCAAGGAACUGUUUGGGGAUGCGAUUUGCUCUUGUGAUGAUUAAACUGGCCUUGGUGGAAGUUUUGCAGAACUACAGCUUUUCAGUCUGUGAGGAGACAGAGUUCCCUUUGAAGAUGGACCCUUUAAGCCUUGUUGGACCCCUACAACCAAUCAAACUAAAGCUGGUGACACGUUAAAUCAAGUGCAACGAGGAAGCACUUAGUACUUGAUCCCUCAUAGCUGACCUAUCCUCUAAAUUUGCAAUUUUAGUGACAGAAAUGCUACUUAACAAGUUUUAGAUGUGUAUCAUAAGUUUGUAAUCUGAUCUGAGUCAAAACAGGCAUAGUGAUAAACCACAAUACAAUAACCCUUUGGUAAUGAUCCAAAUAUGUUAUCUACCAAAUUUGGUGGUGAUCAUAUGAAUGUUUCACAAAACUUUAAAAAGAUUGUGUAUAUUACAUAGUUACAUGUACACAUAGCCAUAAGCUUUGAUAAAAAUACUGUGAACUGGUGAUACUUGUGGAGGCUAAUGAACAAAGCAUAUGAUGCAUGUUUCUAUUUGUGUGUUUUCAGGUAGUUCUUUAGAGAGUGAUGGUGCAUGAUAAUAAUUACUAACCCACCAAUACCACAGGUCUAGCACAAACUCAUUUCCAUUGUCACACAUACAGUUUUCCUGAUUUGAUGAUUUGACCAGGAAAUUUAGGAGGAAACUGGGGUACUUGUAGUACACCCCCACGAGUAUGUAUAAUGUAUAAUUAUGUAUGUAUAAUUACUGAGCCACACAACACUCCCAAGUUUUGAAAUGAGGAAAAUGAGGGAAAAAAAGACGGUGAAUAAUUAACAGGACAACUUAUCAACGCCUUCACACAUAAUGACCACAAAAAUACAAAAAAACCUGUAUGAUGCAAGGCAAUGCAAUAUCACCAUCUAUGCAUACUAUCAUAACAAUUCAGUUUACUACAACUGAAGUCAGCUAGGUGAUGACUCACUUGAAUGAUGAGUUAAGGGUUAGGCUGUACUUUGUUUUGUUGUAUUGCACUGCAUUACAUCAGGUGUUUCUGAUAUUUUAUUGUCCAUCUAAUCUAUGGAGGAGCAAAUCAACAACUAUAUGGAACAAUUAAAACUUCGUACAAACAGUA